UGGCGGCGGGUUCGAAUGUCCGUUCCCUCCCUCGGCCCCUUCGAGCCUCGAGCCACGCACCCCCGCCCCGCCCACCCAUGCUCCGAUUGGUCGGUCCGUCGCAGCGGCGGGGCAGCGAUUGGCUGUCGGCCCCGUGCGGUUGGCCCCGCCUCCCUAGGGAAGGUACUGGAAGGCCGGCAGCGGCCGCCAUUUUGUGAGUUGGAGCGGGAGAGGUCGGAUCGAGAGGUGAAGAUCUUUGGAGCCUUGCUUGAGGCCAAAGGGGUUAACUGCUUGCAGCCCCUCGCAGACAUGGCCUGCGCCCUGCUCGGCAACGUAUGCAUCGUGACUGGAGCCUCCCGGGGUAUUGGCAAGGGCAUCGCGCUGCAGCUGGCAGAGGCCGGAGCCACUGUCUACAUCACCGGGCGCAACAUGGACACGCUGCAGACGACAGCGAAAGAGGUGGAGGGGCGGGGAGGCAGAUGUGUCCCUGUGGUGUGUGACUCUUCCAGCGAGGAGCAGGUCUGCUCGCUUUUCAGCCAGGUCAAGCAGGAGCAAGGUGGGCGCCUGGAUGUGCUGGUCAACAAUGCAUAUGGAGGAGUCCAGGCGAUACUCAACAGCCAGGGUAAAAAGUUCUGGGAGAUGCCAGCCUCUUUCUGGGACGAUAUUAAUAAUGUUGGGCUGCGGGGCCACUACAUCUGCUCUGUGUAUGCAGCUCAGAUGAUGGUCGAGGCAAAGCGGGGACUGAUUGUGAUCAUCUCCUCGAUGGGGGGCCUGCGCUACAUGUUCAAUGUGGCGUACGGAGUUGGCAAGGCCGCGUGUGAUCGAAUGGCAGCAGACUGUGCUGAAGAGUUGCGGAGACAUGGUGUGUCGUACAUAUCUCUGUGGCCUGGGGCAGUACGAACUGAAACCGUAACCGAUUUGAUCAUCAACCGGACUGCCAAGACCAAAGGAGAACAGAAAACGGUGGAAAUGUUUGCCAACGGUGAGACCCCUGAGAUGAGCGGCAAGUGCAUCGUGGCUCUGGCGACAGAUAAGAACCUGAUGAAGAAAUCGGGCAAGGUGCUAUUGACCUGCGACUUGGCCGCACAGUAUGGACUCCGAGACGUGGAUGGCCGUGCUUUGGUGGAUUAUCGAUCUCUGAAGUUCCUCCUGCAGCAGCUGCCAGGCCUGUCCUGGCUUGCUACUCUCACCCCUGGAUUCAUCAAGGUCCCCAAGUGGGUCCUAACCCUGGCUGGCAGCAAAUUCUAAAUCCAUCCCUCGCUGUUCGCUCCCCUCAAGCUACUCCUCGUGCCUCCAUCCUACUGCGCCUGCUCAGGCGCUCUCCUGGCAGUCUCGGGGCGGGGGGAGGGUGGCUAAGUCGGGUGGGCGCCUCAGAAAAUGUGCCGGUCCACCCACCCUAUGCCCCACACCCCUGCCCAACUCAGCUUACGACAUCGUCACUGAUGCCUUAAGAGGGCGAUAGAACAGCCGCUGUCGCCCCCCCCCCCCCCCGGCUUUGAUAAUCCACGAACAAUCCAGUUUUCCUUGGGGCCCUUCACUUUAACACAAGACCACCACUGCACCAAGGAGGGUGCUAACAGUGAGGGAUAGGGAAGCCCCCUGUCACUAAAAUAUUUCUGAACCUGUGUGAGCGAUCAGACUCAACGGCCUGAAUCAAAAAUCAUGGUGGAAUCAUAGCAUCCGUACGUGUGGAAACAGGCCAUUCGGACCAUCGAGUCCGCACCGAGCCCCCCCCCCGAAGAGCAAACCAGACCACCCACCUACCGUAUACCUGUAACGCUGCACUCCCCAUGGCUAACCCACCCUAAUCCGCACAUCCCUGGGCACUAUGGGUAAUUUCCCAUGGCUAACCCGCACAUCCCUGGGCACUAUGGGUAAUUUCCCACGGCUAAUCCACCCUAACCUGCACAUCCCUGGGCACUAUGGGUAAUUUCCCAUGACUGACCCACCCUAACCCGCACAUCCCUGGGCACUAUGGGUAAUUUCCUGAGGGUUAAAUUCUGAGGCAGCAGUGCUCACUCUUUAAAUAAAAACCGAAAGAGCUGUGGAUGCUGUAAAUCAGGAACAAAAGCAGAAGUUGCUGGAAAAGCUCAGCAUCUCUGGCAGCACUUGUGAAGAAUAAAUCAGAGUUUCGACAUGAGGAAGGGUCACCGGACCCGAAACGUUAACUGAUUUUUUUUCUUCACAGUGUUUGCUAACUCUCUCUUCUCCCUAUCUUGCCACCACUUUUCCUGCUCCCACCCCUGGUCAUAUUCUCUGGGGUCGGGAACUGAUCCCCGCAGCUACUUCCUCAGCUGGCUUGCGCAUUGUGAGAUUUUCCUUUGCAAUAAAAUGGAUUUAAACCUCCCGGCA